AUGGCAGGCAUUGACGAUAUGUUCAAGUGUCUGAUGGUAUUGUCACAGAAACCUGUAGUUGUGCAAGGCAGCGGCAAGCGUAAGCUCGAGCAACCGAACCAUGAUCCCAACGCAUUCUAUAAAGCGGCAAAAUUAGAUGCAAAUGGCGACGUCAAGGGCAAAGGAAAGGCAGCCGCUGUCGACGAUGAACCGGAAGACGAGAGCGAGUUUGCGGGACCCGAACUUCCUCCCGAUUUCGAGGAAGAUGUUCCUGAUGACGAGGAGGGACGAUUUUUUGGUGGAGGUAUGGCAAAAGAGACGGCUCAGGCUAUGGACUACUUGGACCGACAAGAUCAGGAUAGAGAAGCAGCUGUAGAGAAAAUCGACAUUGCAUGGGUAAGGCGCUUAGCUUUGAACUUCGAAAAGCGCAUAUCGAAGAACGCAGAGCUACGAGCGAAGUUCGAGAAUGAUCCGCAAAAAUUCAUGGUCUCAGAGGCCGACCUCGACGCUGAUAUAAAGGCACUUUCCGUGCUAUCAGAUCACCCCGAAUUAUACGAGGAAUUUGCAAAACUAGGAUGUGUCUCUUCCUUAGUUUCUCUCCUUUCACAUGAAAAUACAGACAUUGCGAUUGACGCGAUCCAAACUAUAUCAGAAUUGACGGAUGAGGAUGUGCAAGCCGAACAAAAUCAGUGGGACAGUUUGGUCAAUGCAAUACUCGAUGCCGAUGUAAUUGAGCUGCUGGCUCAGAAUCUUUCACGUUUAGACGAAUCGCAGGACGCGGACCGAAGUGGUGUCUAUUACGUGCUAAAUGUACUCGAGAAUUUGGCCUCGCAGUCCUCAGUAGCUGAGAAAAUUGGACAGGACGCCAACGUUAUACCAUGGCUACUGUCGCGCAUUCAACAGAAAGAGACACCCGUGGGACAAAACAAACAGUAUUCUGCUGAAAUCCUUGCUAUUAUUCUACAGUCGUCUCCCAAAAACAGAAUUAAGUUUGCCUCGCUCAAUGGAGUGGACAUCCUGUUACAGUUAUUGAGUUCAUACCGUAAACGGGACCCGGAGAAGGACUCUGACGAAGAAGAAUAUGUGGAGAAUCUGUUCGAUUGUCUUACGUGUGUGGUCGAUGAUGAAGAAGGCAAGGCAAAAUUCUUAGAGGCUGAAGGUGUUGAGCUUGCUCAUAUCAUGCUUCGAGAAGGGAAGCUUAGCAAACAGAGAGCAUUGCGGACACUGGAUCAUGCACUCUCGGGACAGACAGGAGCAGCGGCAUGUGAUCGGUUGGUUGAGGUCGCUGGCCUCAGGACGGUAUUUGGUAUGUUCAUGAAAAAGCAAGAAAAUGAAGCCAUCGAGCACUUGCUGGGUAUAUUUGCGUCUCUGCUCCGGCAUUUACCUGGUGGUUCUGCUCCCCGUAUACGUACACUAGCCAAGUUCAUGGAGAAGGAUUAUGAGAAGAUCGAGAAAUUAAUCAAGUUGAGGAGAGAAUACGCCUCCCGGCUGAAACCUGUCGAGUCUGGUAUCGAGCAGGAACGUCAAGGUCUGGACGAGUCAGACCAAGAAAUCAUGGCAGGAGAAUGGCUUUCACGCCGGCUGGAUGCCGGUCUUUUUGCGCUCCAAACUAUUGAUGUUAUUCUUGCUUGGCUCAUUGCUGAAGAUGAUGGCGCGAAGACUAAAAUAUCGAUAUUGCUAAGUGGCCGAGACGAGAACAUCUCAUUAAUACGGAAGACACUUGAAGAUCAGGUGAAAGAUCUCGGAGAUGAAGACGAGGGAGAGAAAGACCUGAAGGAUAUGUUAAGCACGUUACUGCACUUUGUACAAUAA